AUGAGUAUAUCAAAUUAUGAGGAUUGCCGAAUUUCAAUUGAUGAAGGAAAAACUGAAAUUCCGAAUGAUGACGAAGAAAAAAUUUUAUCAUAUAACAGAGAAAGGAAAAUUCCGCACAAUGGAUAUUUAACAGAUAACAUUGCCUGCUCACCAAACAUGAAAUAUUCCGCAACUACGAGUGAAGAAGAUCGUUCAGUUUUCUUGUGGAAAUUCAUGAAAGGAAAGUCCAACUUAAAAUUUAUUGAUUCACUUGCUAGAUCUCAUUUUAAAAUUGAAGAUUUAAGACUAUUUGAAGACAUUCUUAAUCGUAGUUUAAAUAUGUUUUGGAAAGGCAAUCCUAUUUCCGAGUUUAUUAAAUCAUUAGAUCCCAUUACUUUUAUGCUUCUAGAAUUAGCAUUAUUGAUUCUUGAUUCCUAUGUUCCUUAUUAUGUCAACUUAUCUAUACAAUCUAACCAUUACGAAACUUAUGUAACACCACAUCUUUAUCUGAAAUAUCACUUUUCGAUCGCACCCAUUGGUGAACUUAAAAAAUAUGUUAAGCAAAUGGAAAAUAAUGAAGUUGAAGAAAUAUCACGGCCGCAUUUGUCUGAUACUAUUAAGAAAAUUGUCGGAUAUGAAAACAAUGAUGCUAGAAAGGAGGAGGAGGUUUAUGAUAAUGAGGGAUAUGAUGAUAAGGGGGAGGAAGAG